GCCUAGUUCUGACCUCCCCUUGAACUGAUCUCCAUCACUGAAUCACUUUGUUACUCCCAACACUGACCCAAGAAAUGCUUCUUUCUCUUGUGCAGAGCACCAUCACUUCCUCACCUUUCCAAUCCUCCUCAACCUUCAAGAUUCUGAGUCCCAAUACUUCUUCUGAUCUCCCCAAAAGUCUCUUUCUUGGCUUUGGAAUUGAACCCACAACAAAUGCCCUUCAAAGAUUCCUCCUUUUCACCAAAAGCUCACACUUUGCUAAACCCAGAAACCCUUCCUCACUCUCCAUCAAUGCUUCUCUGAUUGAAGCACCAGUCUUAUGGGCUGGUAGGCUUUGCAUCUUCUAUGCUCUCUUGAAGACUGGUUUGGCUGGAUCUCAAGCUAACCCACUUGUCUCAGAUUUGGCUGAGAGUGAAGGUGGUGGUGUUGGUAUUCAGUCUGAUGAUUUGGGGUUUUCCAAGUGGUUGAACAGCAUACAGGGAAAACCAGUGAAAGACGCAGCUGAUAGAAGGAAAUUAGUCAGCAAAUGGCAUCCUACCACAAAGGGUACACUCAGAAGGAAUUACAGGGUACCAUCUAAAUCUGAAGGGCGGCGUGUUCUAAAAGCCAUUGCCUCUUUAUUGUCAGAUGAUGAUCACUUCGUAGAUGCCAGCUCCCACAAGGGUUGUCAGAUUAGAAGGGAGACUGCUCAUGGAGAAAGUGUGUGUUGCAACAAUGUGAGGGCUCUGUUUGAUGAGCUCCCAACUCCACACCUAGUUGUGGAAAUCACUCCUUUUCCUGCUGGUUCUCUUACAGAAAAGGAUUACACCAAAGCUGAGAAAUUAGAGAAGGUGCUCAGAUCCGGUCCUUCUGUUUGAGUAAUGGACUUUUCAAGCUUUCACUUGUUUUGUAUUCACUUCGACUUUGUACAUAGCAAAAUAUCAAAUGAAGUUUGGUUUCUUCC